CGCUCCGCGAGGCAGGGCAGCUCGCGUGACAGGGGAUCUGGGUGUGCCCCCGGCACACGCACGGUCCUUACACAGAUCUGUGCACACCGCUCACGAGCUUCCGCCGGGGGGGCCGGGGGCACUGACGCAGCGCGGAGCGGGGCGGGGCCGGGAGGCAACCUCCACCACCUGCUGACUCCCCCUCACCCCAUAUGGCCCCCCGGCUCUGCCCCGCCCGGCGCCCCUCUGCCUGGCUGCUGCGGGGGCUGCUGGCAGGGCUGGGGGGGCUGGCGCUUGUGAGCCUCCUGGUUGGGGGCACAGGGGAGGAGCUGCUAUCGUGGUCACUGGCCCCCUUCCUGGGAGGCGGGGGAGGUUUCCUGCACGCAGACCCCCCCUUGCCUGGCCCCGACUCCUUCCUGCUGCCCAACGUGGACGGCUGCAGGCCCCGGGCCCCCUUCCUGCUGGUGCUGGUGGCCAGCGCGCCGGGGCACACGGCCCAGCGCCAGGCGGUGCGUGCCAGCUGGGGGGGCGCCCACAGGGCCGGGGGGUACCCGGUGCGGACGCUCUUCGCCCUGGGGGCACCGGGCUCAGGCGAGGAGCAGGCCCGGCUGGAGGAAGAGUCCCAACAGCACGGGGACCUGGUCCAGGGCCGCUUCGCCGACACCUACGCCAACCUGACCCUCAAGACCAUGAUGCUGCUGGGCUGGGCGGCCGCCCACUGCCCUGGCGCUGCCUUUGUGGUGAAGGUCGACGACGACGUCUUCCUCAACCUGCCCGUCCUGGCCCGCCACCUGGGGGCGCUGCCCAGCCCUCACCGGCUCUACCUGGGCCGGGUCCACUGGCGGGUGCAGCCCAACCGCGACCCCGGCAACCGGCACCACGUCCCGGCCUCCGCCUACCCGGCCGGGGCCUUCCCCCCCUACUGCAGCGGCACGGCGUACGUGCUGUCCGGCGACGCUGCCCUGGGGGUGCUGGGGGCUGCCCCCCACGUGCCUCCCGUGCCCCUGGAGGAUGUCUACGUGGGGCUGUGCGCUCGCUGGGCUGGCUUGGCCCCCACCCACACGGCCCGCAUGGCUGGAUCCACCCACUACCCUAUGGACCUCUGCUGCUACGGGGAGGUGCUGUACAGCGUGCACCAGGUGGGCCCUCAGGCAAUGGCGUCAGCCUGGGCUAUGGUGGGGGGAGAAGGGGGAGCCUGUACCCCACUGCAUAGGGGGCUGGGGGUGCUGAGGUGCAAGGUGCUAGCCCUGCUGGAGGGUCUGUGAGGGGCAGGGGGGCCUGGGAGCCAGGAUUCCUGGGUUCUCUCCCCGGCUCUGGGAGGGGAGUGGGGGCUGGUGGGUUAGAGCAGGGGGGCUGGGAACCAGGAUUCCUGGGUUCUAUCCUCAGCUCUGGGAGGGGAGUGGGGUCUAGUGCAGUGAUUCUCAAUGGGGGGCACAUGUGCUGUUGGGGUACACCAAGGUCUUCCAGGGGGUGCAUUGUCGCAUCUAGAGAUUUGCCUAAUUUUACAACAGGCUACACAAAAGGUAUUAGCCAAGU